CGCGGGAAAUUCCAAUAUCUGUUUUCUUAUGCAAACAUCUUAACUGAACUUUGAGACAUAUAAUGUGUGUUCUGUUAUUUGUAGUCCUCUACUUUUGAAUUGCCAACCAAAUUAAGAUGACGCCCUUCCUUUUAUUUCUUCUCAUGUUCUUGUUCUUGUUCAUGUCUUUCUCAAUGACAUCAUCAACCCAACUCUUGUUGUCACUGGACGAAGAAGCUCAUUCUCUACUUCAGAGUGGGUGGUGGAGUGGUUAUCCUGGCUACGUGCCGCCGGAUCACUGUGAGUGGCUUGGCAUUACUUGCAACGGUUAUGGUAGCAUCAUGGAAAUAUCAAUGCCUCCUAAGUUUCAGUUACGGGACAAGUUUGUGAAGUUUAACUUCUCUGCCUUCCCAAAUCUUGUUCGUCUUCAACUCGUUGGACAUGGACUCAUUGACAAUAUACCAUCUGAUCAGAUAAGUACUCUUCAUAAACUAACUUAUCUUGACCUUUCGUUCAAUGAAAUCAAUGGUUCAAUUCCUGAGGGGAUUUGGAGCUUGAAAAAGUUGGAGACCUUAAACUUGGGUAGAAACAAGAUUGUUAGUUCUAUUCCUUGUAGUCUUGUUCAUUUGACCAAUUUGGUCUCUCUUUCACUUGAUUCUAAUCUUAUUAGUGGCUCUAUACCUGUAGAAAUUGGAUAUUUGAAAAGUUUGGAGCAAUUGAAUCUUAGUGACAACAAACUAAGGGGAUCAAUACCUUCAAACAUUGGCCUUUUAACCAAUUUGAAAUCUCUGUCCCUUGGAUCGAACCAAAUAAGUGGCUCUAUUCCUUUAGAACUGAGAAAUUUGAGCAAACUAGAACAUUUGUUCCUUGGUGAUAAUAAUAUUACUGGGGAAAUUCCUUCAUUUAUAAGCCAUCUAACCAAUUUGAUAUCUCUAGACUUGUCAAGUAACAUGAUUUAUGGUUGCUUAUUUAGUGAGCUUAAUCAGUUAACCCAACUAGAGUAUCUUAACCUGUCCUCUAACCAGCUUUCUGGUGAGGUGCCUCUUGAAAUUGGAACACUGUCAAGACUUAAGGUUUUGGACUUGAGUGGUAACUUAUUCCAUGGCAAAAUACCUUCUCAACUAGGGAGUAUGUCAAACUUAAGGUUGUUAAAUCUUAGCCACGAUGAAUUGACAGGAACAAUUCCUAAUCAAAUUCAAAAUAACUUUCGUUUUUAUUCUCCACCUCAUGAAUUUUUUAGAAAUAGAAAUUUACUCACUGAUAAAAUGAGUGUCCCUUCCACUGAUGCAUCAUCACUCUCUAACUCUACAUCUACCAAAAGCAAGACCGAAAUUAUUACACUCAACAUGGAGAUUUUUAUUCCAGUAAUCAGUUUGUUUGGUAUAGUUUUAAUUGGAUAUCUGGUUUUCAAAAUUUGGGAAGCUAACAUUAUUGCGGAUUCAAGAAAAGAAAAGCAUGGAGAUUUAUUCAAUAUAUGGAAUUAUGAUGGAAGAAUUGCAUUCAAGGAUGUCAUUAAAGCAACAGAGAGUUUUGAUAACAAAUACUGCAUUGGAAGUGGUAAGUUUGGGAGUGUUUACAAAGCAAGACUACCCAAUGGCAGAAUAGUGGCCUUGAAAAAACUUCAUAGUUUUGAAGCAGAGGAACCUGAAUUUGUAAAGAGUUUCAAGAAUGAAGUGAAACUGUUAUCUAAAAUAAGACAUAGAAACAUAGUGAAGCUUCAUGGUUUUUGUUACCACAAACCAUGCAUGUUUCUGGUCUAUGAAUAUGUGAAGAGAGGGAGUUUGUUUAAUCUUCUGAGAGAUGAUAGCAGAACUAUGCAAUUGGAUUGGAGCAAGAGAAUAAGCAUAAUUGAAGGCAUAGCACAUGCCUUAUCAUACAUCCACCAUGAUUGUAGUCCACCAAUUGUUCAUAGAGAUAUAACCACCAGCAACAUUCUAUUGGACCAAGAAAUGAAGGCUUCUGUCUCUGACUUUGGCAUUGCUAGACUCUUAAAUCCUAAUUCUUCUAAUCAAACAGUACUUGCUGGCACCUUUGGCUAUGUUGCACCAGAAUAUGCCUACACCACGACUCUGAGUGAAAAGGGUGAUGUAUAUAGUUUUGGAGUGGUGGCGUUAGAAACAAUCAUGGGAAGACAUCCAACAGAGAUUAUUUCUUUGAUACUUUCAAGAACAUUAUUGUCUUCUAAUACUCCCAUCAUUAUGAUAAAAGAUGUUUUAGAUUCACGUCUAUCACCCCCAAAUGGUAAUCACAUUCUUGCCUCCAACAUUGUCUUGGUAGCUACAAUAGCCUUAGCAUGUCUGUGUUCUGAACCAAAAUCUCGGCCGACGAUGAUGAAUGUUUGUCGAUGGCUUCUUCUUCCAAGAACACCUCUGCUGCGACACCCUUUUCAUUCAAUUUCACUACAGCAGCUCUUUAACCAAGAAAUCUAUAAAAUAGAUGAUUAUAAGCGCUAGAAACUGAACCAGAGGCAUAUUUAUGUUGAAGCCGAAGAGGCAUACUCUUCUAUGAUGAAAUAUAGUUUUUUUUUUUUUUGUUAAUUAUUGAAAAAUGGCUAAAGAGGGAGGUUAACAUGUAUAUUGUUGUUGAGAAUCAUGGGGUUCCAUCUCAAAACCAAUUGGCAAUGAGUGGAGUAGCCCAUGUUCUUAUAUAUGGCUCAACACUUUCACAUUUAAUUCAUGUGAGACAAUAUUCUCCAAUGUCCAAUACAAUUGACUCAAAAGAUUGAUUGAUGUGUGAAGUUGGCUCCUAUUUCGACUAAUGAAAUGACUUCAUUCGGAUUAGUGCUGAAGACUAUUAAUGUCUGUCAUAACUAACUGUUGUGAAGACUCACCAGUAAUAGAAUUAUCAGGUAAUUCUUUAACUCUAUUUAUAACCCUUAGUACUGAUCAACCUAAUAAUUAGACAAAUAAUAACACAGCUUGUAUAUAUAUCCAAUUAAUUUAUUGGAUUCAAACUGGCUAAUGAGAGUUCUAAUUAGGUUGAUGCUUAUAAGCAACGAACUCCAUAUUUUAAUGACAUUUUUGUAAUGCAAAUUAUUCUUUUUGCUGCAAUCUAUACAAACUCAAAAUUAUGAAUAAGGGAUAAGAAUAAAGAGAGUUCUUGAGUAGUUAAACAUCAAAGAGGCAUGACUCAUAGUAAUAUAACAAUUUCAUCUUUGUUUGGCCAAAAAACACACUCAUUUUUUUAUUUUUACAAACAACAACAAUUUACCAUUUAGUUUCACCUAACUUGAGUUUGAUGAAAUGAGCUGUGUUGAAAUCACGAGCUCUAUGAUCUUAUAUAUAUGAAGAACAAGCAAUGUACAAUAACAGAAUUCAGUUAAAGAGUAGCAACUUUUGCCUAAACGCACAGCUCAAUAACUAACUUAUAACCGAAUUAACUAACUUCAAACUACCUUCACUAACAGCCUACUUAUUUGACUUUUCCUUUAAUAACGAAGUUGAAUGCAUAGUAUUGUCUGAAUGGCUUGAAUCUAUCUCACUACCUUCCCCAUCAUCCUUAAAAGCAAAAGCUUUAGCUGUCAAACUAGGAUGCACUUUGUUACUUGAAUGUUUAACACCAACAACGAAAUCUUGAGUAUGGUAUGUUUCAAUUUUGCUUUCUACUUCAUUCCUAUCCACACUCCCAACCCUCUCUUCAUUGACUUUACUCAAGCUCCUGCUAGUACUUUGUAUGUUCUGCAUCACAGCACUAGAAGCAUCAUCAUCUUUAUAAUGUUCAUCUCUUGCCUCCUGGCCAUUACUUUUACCUUCUUCUUCUGUUUGAUCCUCCAAUAAUUUUGCAUCCUCAAACUCAAUUCUCUUGUCUUCGAUCUCUUGCUCAUCAAUUCCCUCCUCCCUCUCUCUAUCAUCUUCAUCAAUCAAAUCUUCCACUUCCUCUGGUUCUUCCUCUUCCACUCUCUCUUGAUCAUGCCCAUCUAUUUCAUCAUCUUCACUCCUACCUUCUUCAUUAUCGUUUUCUUCUUCGAGCUUAAUUUCUUCUAAAUUGUCCUUCAAAUCAUUCUCCUCUUCCUUUUCAACCUCAUUUUGAGUGUCAACUUCGGGAUGGAGGUCCCGCCUCCCAAGCUUUAUGAGUUCAACCCCAUUAUGCAUCUUAGCUGAUAUCAUUGAGGAGCUAUCUACAUAUGCCUUGUUCUUAUCAUGUGAGUGC